CAUGUUCCUUCUCAAUGUGAAAAGUUGCAGGAUAUCACAUACUGGAAGCCAAUCUUUCAGCUGGUUUGCCUGAACAUAGCCUUUCUAUGUGCGUGCUCGAGUUCUGACCAUUUCAAUGUCUUAGAUCAUGGAGCUAUCAGCAACAUCAUCAAUGACAGUUCUCAGGCUUUCCUAGAUGCUUGGAGAUUAGUAUGCAAUUCAGAAGUAGAUAAUACUACGUUGUUUGUUCCAAGAUGGAGAACAUUCUUAGUGAAUCCGAUUGUUUUCACCGGACCUUGCAAGCCUAAUAUUAUCAACUUUCAGGUACUAGGAGAGAUUGUUGCACCUCCUUCACCUUCUGCCUGGGAAAAACAUGAUCCAAGCCAGUGGCUUGCCUUUAAAGAAGUACGCGGUCUCCGAGUUUCUGGCAGUGGUGUGGUUAAUGGACAAGGCUUUGGUUGGUGGAAUCAAUCAUGUAAAUAUCAUCCUAGCAUGAGUGGAUGCACUAAACUGGCGCCGACUGCAAUGAAGUUUGUUAAAUGCAAUGAGACUACUCUCUCUGGGAUACAUUUCAUCAACAGUUCACAAACACACAUUACCUUAUCUGGAUGCGAUAUAUUCCACAUAGAUAAUCUCCUGAUUGAAUCUCCAAAUAAUAGCCCCAACACUGAUGGCAUUCACCUUCAGCGUGUUCGUAAUGUCAUCAUCACCAACACUGUAAUAGGAACAGGUGAUGAUUGUAUUUCUAUAGGAGAUUACACAUCCAACAUUCACAUCUCCAAUAUUACAUGUGGACCAGGCCACGGAAUAAGUAUUGGUAGCCUAGGAAGAGGAGGAAACUAUGUACAAGUAAACAACAUUGCGGUAAGGAAUGUUUAUUUCAAGGGUACAUCAAAUGGAGCUCGGAUUAAAACAUGGCAGGAAGGAAGAGGAUAUGUUCGACGAGUCAUUUUUGAGGAUAUCUUCUUCAACUCAGUGAAAAAUCCAUUAAUCAUUGAUCAGCAUUAUGGUUCCACCAACGGAUCUCAAAUUAAGGAAAAUAUGGGGGUUUGGAUAUCUGAUGUGGCCUACAAGCAUUUCUAUGGUACAUCAACAAGUCAAGUGGCCAUUAAUCUAAACUGCAGUGAAUCGCGAGGCUGCAACCACGUAACAUUAGAUUCGAUCAUACUGUGGCCUGCUCCUCAGUUGCAUAAGCAAGUGACUUCAUAUUGCUCCAAUGCACAUGGUGUUACUAUUGGAGUAGUUCAACCCCCUUCUUGUCUCCAAGAAACAACAAAUAUGGCAAGAAUAAUAGACUUAUUGAUGCAUAUCAAGGAAUAGUUUCUAAUUGAUUGUUCUAGGAGUCAACAAGACUAGAUGUUUAUGGAUAAUUAUUGGUUGAUAUGUAUCUCUAAUAAUGCUUGGUAGUUGAGUUAGUUAUUCGAA